AGCGACCUGGCGAGUCUCUCCGGUCGCAAACAUGGCAGGCGGUAGGAAGCUAACGAAGGAAGAGGAGCUUUUGCUUCAAGAUUUCAGCCGAAACGUGUCGACCAAGUCGUCCGCACUGUUCUACGGCAACGCCUUCAUCGUCUCCUCCAUACCAAUAUGGCUGUUUUGGAGAAUCCACCAGAUGGACCUGUACCAGUCGUCCAUCAUCUUCGCGGUGAUGACCAUCGCUUGCACAUGGCUGAUCGCCUUCGCCUACAAGAACGUCAAGUUCGUCCUCAAGCACAAAGUUGCUCCCAAGAGGGAGGAUGCUGUCAACCGAGAAAUCAUGAAGAAACUCUCGGACGACAAGAAGAUGUCCAAGAAGGAAAAGGAUGAGAGGAUAUUGUGGAAGAAAAACGAGGUGGCCGACUACGAGGCAACCACUUUCUCCAUCUUCUACAACAACGCCCUCUUCCUGGCGCUCAUCAUUGUGACGUCCUUCUACAUUUUGAGAGCGUUCAGCCCGACAAUGAACUAUGUUCUGUCUGUCGGAGGCGCUGCAGGCCUGCUCGCGCUCUUCUCUACUGGCUCCCAGUGAACAUCACAUCCUCUCUUCUGUCACAAAGAGUUCACAUGUCAAUAAACUGGCAUUUCUUUUGUA